AUGAUGAUCAAUUGCUUUAUCGGUAUCAUUACUUUUCUUACUACUUAUGGAUCAGCAACAAUUCUUUCAGAUCCUUAUACCACAGUAGGUAAGUUGAAUGGCGAUUUAUCUUUGGGUGGUCUGGUGCCAAUUCAUAAUAGCUAUGAUGCUGCGACAGAGAAAUGUAAAAAUUUAGAUAUAACUAAUAUUAUGAGAGUACAAUCUAUGAUUUAUGCGAUUCAUUCUAUUAAUCAGAAUCCAGCGAUAUUACCAAAUAUUACUCUUGGAUAUGAAAUUCGUGAUACUUGCGUUAGUCGUACUGUAGCUCUACGCCAAUCAAUUAAUUAUUUUUACGACGAUCGAAGUGAAAGAUCAUCUAACUGUAAUACUGCAGAUACUCCAUCAUCGAGUGAUUCGUACCAAAAUUGUACUAGUGAUGUAUGCGGCAAUGGUACCGACAGUAGUACGGAGAUAAAAACAGAUAGCCAAGGCAAUAAUAACGUUAAUCGUGAUAAAAUUAUCUCUGUUAUUGGUCCACUGUAUAGUUCUGAAGCGUUUAUUGUUGGUACAUUGCUGUCGAAUUUACAUGUUCCUGUAGUGAGUCCUUUGGCAACAAGUUCCCUUCUAAGUGAUAAGACCGAAUUUACCACAUUUUUUAGAACAGUACCAUCUAACAGUUUUCAGGGCCGUGCAGUGACCGCUGUUAUCCAUUACUUUGGUUGGAAUUACACCGCGGUUUUGUGGGAGGAUGAUGAUUAUGGUAAUAGUUUAGUGGAAGAGUUUCAAAGAUCUGCCAAGGAAAAGAAUGUAUGUAUUUCAAAAGUGAUACUUUUUCCAAAGCGUCCAACUGCAAGCCAACUUCAAAGUAUAAUUAAAGAACUAAGAGCAUUAAAAGUGACGGUUGUAUUCAUAGCGAGCAAUGCUAAAAUGGCUCAUGAAUAUUUUAUUCAAGCGACUAUAGCCAAUUUUACCGGUAUUACUUAUAUUGCGCCAAUAUCAUGGAGUCAAUCAUCGUCUAUAAUCUCGGAAAUUGAUUCUGAUAUUAUCGGUGGUACUAUUGGACUUACAUUGGGUUCAAGCAAACAAUACCAAUUUGAGUCUUAUAUUAAAAGUUUAACAGCAUGUAACAAUUCCGGAAAUCCUUGGUUUCAAACUUACUUUCGAUCCAAUGUAGCUAAAGGCGAUAUACCAGUGAAUGCAUGUAUUCCAGUAUCGGCCUGGAAUGAUAGCAGUAAAAUUACUAAUUCGCAGACGAUAACAUCAGCUUUCAUAUUUAAUGCAAUAUAUGCAGUAGCUCACGCCUUACAUGAUAUGCUGAAAUGUAAUCGCGACCACUGCCAAUCUUUGCCUGAAGAGAAAUUUGAUACUAAGAAAUUAGUUGCAUAUCUAUUUAAUGUAUCGUUUGUAGAUGCAUCUAGAGAAAAUUUCUCCUUUAACCAGAAUGGCGAUCCAGUUCAUAUUCGCUACAAUAUUGUUAACUUACAACCUAAUGGUAAGAAUGUUGUUUCAAAAACAAUCGGAGCAUGGCUUACAACCGGUCAAGCCAUUAUAAACGACAGCGUAAUAGUGUGGAAUAAGGCUCGUUUACAUUCAGGUGUUCCGAUUUCUGCUUGUUCAAGUGACUGUCCACCAGGAACAUAUCGUGAUAGUUUUUCGAAUGAUAAAUGCUGUUGGAAGUGCAUAUCUUGCUAUAUUAGUUCAAUAUCGAAUAGAACUAACGCAGAGCAAUGUCAUGUGUGCCCAUAUGGUUAUCUUCCGAAUAGUAAUCAUACUUCAUGUGUGAAGGCAGUUCCAGUAACGAUCGAUAUAGGAGGCUUGCUAUCAAUAACGUUGAUGGUUAUAUUAGCUAUAUGUGGCUCUAUAGUAAUAUCAUUUUGGAUCAUUACUAUCUUACAUAGGCAUCAUCAAGUAAUAUUUUCAUCAAACUCCAUUUUAAUUCAUAUGAGCUAUAUUGUAUUAUUAUAUAUGCUGGCAUCAUCCUAUGUAUUCUUACUACCACGUAACCGUCAAUUCUGUAUGGUAACCAUUGUCACGUAUACAACCUCAGCAACUUUGUUAACAGCGAUUGGUUUAUCAAUGACAAGUGCUGUUGUAGCUUUAUUUUCAGAAGUCAUGGCAUCUUGUCGCUAUAGUGAGCACUUUAAAACUAAAGGACAACCAUUGCUAGUUAUUCUUUUACUCUGCAUUCAAAUAGUUAUCGUCCUGUUAUGGUUAAUUUUAUCUCCUAUUGCGACAUAUAUGAGGAUAGAUUUCAAUUAUAAAAUUUAUGAAAUGUGCCAUUUUCAAAGUCUUGUUGGCCCUAUUGUUAGCUUAAGUUAUAUUGGAAUAUUAAACGUUAUUUAUUUAGGUUUAGCUAUAAAAGGGCGCCAUUGUCCAGAUAAUUUUGCAGAUGCUAAAUACUUGUGCGUUGCAUGUUGUAUUAAUAUGUGUAUAUUUACAUUUAUGGUAUUGACCUAUUUUAUUACAUUUGGCCCAUGGCAAGCAGGCAUAUCUUCUUUUAGCUUAGUUGCUUGUGCAAUGUCGUUUCUUCUUUGCGUCAUGGCACCUAAGAUAAAUAUUAUGUUAUCUUUUCCGCAAUUGACAAUAACCGUUAAGUAA